CGAGGACAGAGAAGAGGACUGAGCAGCCAAAAGCUCCCUGGCCAAGGGACAAAGGCAGAGUCCUGACUCGCCAGAGCAGCAGCCACUAUGCCUCAGCUCUCGGGCGCCGGAGGCGGCGGCGGGGGAGAUCCGGAGCUCUGUGCCACCGACGAGAUGAUUCCUUUCAAAGACGAAGGCGACCCCCAGAAGGAGAAGAUCUUCGCCGAGAUUAGCCACCCGGAGGAAGAGGGAGACUUGGCUGACAUCAAGUCCUCGCUGGUGAACGAGUCGGAAACUAUCCCCAAUAGCAAUGGGCAUGAGGUGUCUAGGCAAGGUCAGCCUCAGGAAUCUUACCAUGAGAAAGGCAGAGAACAUCCUGAAGAAGGAAAACAUUCAGAUGGUGUUUUAUACAGUAAAGGACCCUACUCCGGUUAUUCUGGGUAUAUCAUGAUGCCAAAUAUGAAUAAUGAUCCCUAUAUGUCUAAUGGAUCUCUUUCUCCACCGAUUCCUAGAACAUCAAACAAAGUACCAGUGGUGCAGCCUUCCCAUGCCGUUCACCCUCUCACCCCACUUAUCACCUACAGUGAUGAGCACUUUUCUCCAGGGACACAUCCGUCACACCUCCCUUCAGAUGUCAACUCAAAACAAGGCAUGUCCAGGCAUCCUGCAGGUCCCGACAUCCCCACCUUCUAUCCCUUGUCUCCUGGUAGUGUUGGACAGAUAACUCCACCUCUUGGCUGGCAAGGUCAGCCUGUAUAUCCCAUCUCAAGUGGAUUCAGGCAGCCCUACCCAUCCUCACUUUCAGUCGACACUUCCAUGUCAAGGUUUUCACAUCAUAUGAUUCCAGGACCUCCAGGACCCCACACAACUGGAAUCCCUCACCCAGCGAUUGUAACACCACAAGUCAAACAAGAACACCCGCACACAGAUAGCGACUUAAUGCAUGUGAAGCCUCAGCAUGAACAGAGGAAAGAACAAGAGCCCAAAAGACCUCACAUUAAGAAACCUCUGAAUGCUUUCAUGUUAUACAUGAAAGAGAUGAGAGCGAACGUUGUAGCAGAGUGUACUCUGAAAGAAAGUGCAGCAAUCAACCAGAUCCUUGGCAGAAGGUGGCAUGCGCUUUCCCGCGAAGAACAAGCUAAAUAUUAUGAACUAGCUCGGAAAGAAAGGCAGCUACACAUGCAGCUCUAUCCAGGCUGGUCUGCAAGGGACAACUAUGGAAAGAAAAAGAAGAGGAAGAGAGAGAAGUUACAAGAGUCAACAUCAGGUGCAGCCCCACGAAUGACAGCUGCCUACAUCUGAAGCAUGGAGGAAAGAGAAAUGCUUUCUCAGCGUGCAAAGCAAAGGCAGCGACAUCAGGGCCUCUCCUUGAAAUGGAAGCUUGCUAAAUCUCCAGGCAUGUCCUUCAUCUGCACAGACCACCACUAAGGAGUAUGUCUAGGAUGUCAAAACUCGCCCUGAUGUCCCUGCUAAAGACACUGAACCAUAAAGACAAUCACUGCCAAGCCCCUUCGCUAUCACGGAGUCCCAAAUCUGGCACAAUAAAAGAGAGCAAGAAGAGCAUUUCAGAACUCUCCCCCUCUCCCCUGCCCCGUUCAGCCGAGUAGCAAAUUUAUCUUCACUCCGCCUUACACUCCUACAUUUGUAUCUCAUAUGUUGUCAAUACUGAGUCAGCAACAAAAUAGGUUCGGCUGUGUUUGUUUUGCUUCAGCCAACAGAAUGAUGUAAGCCAGCAACAACUCCCAUCCUAACCCUUCACACCGAAGGAACAAAAUUAAUUUGUUUAGGAAGGCACAGUCCAGUUUAUUUAAAUGGUGCAAAAGGAUCAAUCUUGGAUUUUUCAGCUUCUAAAAAUGAAAACUUGAAUGCUUUUUAUACCUUAAUUUCUUUGGUGUACAUUUUUAUUGUCUUUGAGCUUUUAAAUAAGCAUUUUAAAAAAUGUUUUUUUUUAAAUAAAAGGAAAUUCCUUUUCUUUCCUGCAGAAGAGCAAAAAGUUUGGAAAAGUUUUUUUUUUUUUUUUUUGGUUAACAGUUUGUAACAUAACAAUCCCUCAUCGUAUAUAUGUGCUAUGGCAUCCUAUAAUACUAAACAUAACAAUCAGUUGGUCAUUAGCCCUGUUGAUCUACUUCAUUUACUCUGUAUGUGUAAAGGCACCACAUUUCAUCAGGACUGACUGCAGUGAGCUCUCCUACUCACCGAUCCUGAAUUUCCUUGUAAAAAAAGAAGCCCAGCACUUGAAUUAUUAUUACUUCAAUUGUUCUGUAUUUGUAUCUGUUUUUGUUAGCCUGUUUAGUGGGAUUUUAUGCCAGUUGUUGAAAUGAGCAUUGAUGUACCCAUUUUUUUAAAAAAAAAAAUAGUUGAGGCACAGCCUUUGCCAAAAAAUUGUCAACUGAUAUAUAUUUUGUCAUUCCAGUUUUGAUUUAAUGUGCUGAGCAUUUUGUUUUGUUUUUUAAAUAAAAGCUUUGUAA